AUGAACGAAGACAAGAUUUUCUUGUACAACAUUUGCCAGCCUGCUAUGCGGAAUAAUGAAAAUUUAUGUAAAGCACAACACGAAUGUCAAACGUUGAAUUCAAUGUUGUUGUUUUAUCAAGAUCACUACUUGAAUAUGGUAUGUGCAGUCAUGAAAGCAAGUAUCAGCCUCGCACAAAGAACUCAAACCGUUCCCAUUUCAACAAAUGUCAUCAGUAAGCAGACAGGUUAUUUGCACAAUGAAACAACGAGACUGGUAUUUAUUCUAGUAGCACAUAACGUUGCUGAUAUUGGCGUCAAGUAUAUUUUGGUGACUUGCUUUAUUGACACCAUAAACGAAAGAAAACAUUCAAGACAUUUAGAGCACAGUUUUAAAGAUCCGCAAUUUAUUCAUUCGCAGCAGGUCCAUGCAUUGCAAGCUCAUCUUAGUUGCGAACAAACAGGAAAAGAAUUUUCAACGUUGAUGAAUUUUUAA